UAUUAAUUAAGAAAGAAAAAUCCUGUUUGAAGGGAACUGGUCCCCUUUCCAUUUACUCACUGGAGGUCACGGUGUGUCAGUAAACUGAAGCGGGGCGUCCGGUGGCAUUUUUAAGACCUCCUCACACCGAAAUACCGGGGCCCUGCAGCCCUUCCCCUCAAACCAUGGAGAUUCACUGUAAGCACGACCCGUUUGCAGCAAUGCACAGGCACGGUGGAGUGAACCAGCUCGGAGGUGUGUUUGUAAACGGCAGACCCCUCCCAGAUGUAGUGCGACAGCGAAUAGUGGAACUCGCCCACCAAGGGGUUCGGCCCUGCGACAUCUCACGCCAGCUACGAGUCAGCCACGGAUGUGUCAGCAAGAUACUGGGCAGGUACUAUGAAACGGGCAGUAUCCGCCCCGGGGUAAUCGGGGGAUCCAAACCAAAGGUUGCUACUCCCAAAGUGGUCGACAAGAUCGCCGAUUACAAACGCCAAAACCCCACCAUGUUUGCCUGGGAGAUCCGGGACAGGCUCCUGGCCGAGAGAGUGUGUGACAAUGACAGCGUCCCCAGUGUCAGCUCCAUCAACAGGAUCAUUCGGACAAAGGUUCAGCAGCCGCCCGGCCAAACAGGCUCAGUGUCGGCUCACAACUUAGCAACGUCCGUGGCGGCUACACAAGUGUCAGCAGUGACCAGCGACUCAGCCGGCUCCUCGUACUCCAUCAGUGGCAUUCUGGGUAUCAGCUCAGCUGCCGACGUGGGCAAGAGGAAGAGGGACGAAGGUUUGCAGGAGUCGCCGCUGGCCAACGGGCACAGCCACAGUGGGCGGGACUUCCUCAGGAAGCAGAUGAGAGGGGAGCUGUUCUCGCCGCAGCAGAUCGAGACGUCAGAUUAUUCGGCCAUGGCCUCACUAGCUGGUGGACUGGACGAGAUGAAGAACAGUUUGGCUAAUCCUGGUACAGGGGCGGAGUUAGGAGCCAGUGUGUCAGGUCCACAGUCCUAUUCACUCGUUCCAGGUCGAGACCUAGCCAGCACCACUCUGCCAGGCUACCCUCCCCAUGUUCCUCCCACUGGACAGGGCAGCUACUCCACCCCCUCCCUCACUGGCAUGGUACCUGGGGGAGAUUUUUCCGGAAGUCCAUAUUCCCAUCCCCAGUAUUCCACGUACAACGAAUCGUGGAGAUUUCCUAACCCCAGCUUAUUAGUGUUUCAGCAGGAUUAUGGGUCUCUCCUGGGGACGGAAAUCGGCUGCUCCUCCAGUCUCUUCACCAGCCAGGCAGGACAGAUGCAAGGGUCACCGUACUACUACAGUGCAACAUCACGGGGGGCGGGCCCUGCUGCCACUGCAACAGCCUCCGCCUACGACCGCCACUGA